AUGGCGAAAACAAGUCAAUGUUUGGUUCUACAAAUUGUCAUUGGUCUUGUUGCAAUAGUUCCACUUUUUUUCGGUUUAAAUGGUAUAAUUCGUGGUCCGAGUAUGUUAGCAACAGGUUAUAAUUAUCCUAUUUCGGUUGAUAGCCAUUUUCGUUAUUUAUCUGGUUUACCUGUUGCAAUGGGAAUACUUUUAUUACGUAACUUACCGACUAUUGAUCGAGAUGCAAGUGACUUACAUCGUGUUUCUUUGCUUAUAUUUAUUGGUGGAUUAGGACGUUUAUGGGGUUUAAUAACUGUAAGUUUUGAAGUUAGUACUAUGGUGACCACUCUUGUUGAAUUAUUAUUAUUUCCAUUUCUUUGUCUUUGGCAACAUCAAGUACAAAAAAAUAGUGUACGAUCACGUACGAAAUAA